AUGCAGUCGGCCACCAUCCCAGGCAAACCCACAGGACAGGUGCCUGCCAGACUGAGGGCCAGCGGCCGCACCACAGGCUUCCUUGGAGGAGGAGAAGGCGACGCGGGGAAAGAUGCGCGCCAAGCAGAACACCCCCCGCACCGCCACCACCGUACCCCCGCCCUCCACCCUGGGGGCACCGGUGGCGCAGCUGGGAAGCUCCCCGCGGCUCCGGGCACCUCGGCUGCGGGGGCCAACGAGCUCAGCAACAACCUCCCGGGUGGCGCCGCUGCCCCUGCCGCCCGGCCCCAGGCCGUGAACUGCGCGGUGGGCCCGGGGCCGCAGAGCAGCGCCGCCUCGGCCAGGGCAGCCGGAGGACCAGUCCCCCACCCCCACCCCGCCGCCGCCGCCGCCGCCGCCUAGCGGGCAGUGCCGCCCCGCGACGAGGAGGAGCGGGACAGCGCCCCGGAGAAGGGCAAGAGCUCGGGCUCCAUCGCCAGGAAAGGCGAGGGGCAGACGGAGACGAGGAAGCUGCGGGAGGAGCGGCGCUCCGGGUCUGCCAAAAGAGCAAAAUUGUCAAUGAGUCACUCACAGCUUAUUUCAAGAACUUUUAACAUUCCUAUCACAUCGAACGGGUGCUCCGCUGAUUCCUGCACACUGGAGUGCGUCUGCGCUGCAGGAGGGAGAGGAGACACAUGUGCCUUAGGGAAGCAGUUAAGGCCGCUGAGGUGAGCCGGCCUGGGCGCGAACGAGGGACGGCGAGCGGAGGCGGGACGACUCUCCUUUCCUGCGUCUACAGACCGUUGGUGUGAGCCGUCCAAGGCGAGAACGAGGGACAGUGGGCAGAAGCAGGAUGACUCUCCGCUACUACAUCUCCAGUUCAGGACGCAGAGGUGACAUUUUAGGCUAUUGGGUCACAGAUUGCUGGCACACUCAUCCCUGUUCUCAAACAUCUUUUAAACUUUGGUGAAGUGACAAGUAGUGGAAGAAGAGUUACUGAAAGAGUCCUUGAGAGGCCCCUGUCAGCACUGUCAGUAUCAUCAGCACCAUGGAACUGACUACUCUGGAAGAGCCUAGGAAAAUAGAGAUGGAUGGGGAUACGUGUAGACCCUCCAGAAGGCAGGCACCCUGCUGGUACCUUGAAUUAUCCGUGAGAACUGUGUUGGACCCCUGACCUCCACAGCUGUAAGAUCCCUCCCUACUACCUCCUACUUCUGUCCACCUCUCUCCCUCCACUUUCCCUCUCUUCUCCCGCUCCCACUUCUCCCUCCCUCGCUUCCCCAGCGUCUCUCGUAGAGCCCAGAGCGGCUCGCUGGCCCGUCUGCGCAUGCGCACGGCCAGUGCGUGCUGGACCGCGGGUCCGAAGCGCCAGCUCCGAGCCGGGAUCGGCCACAGAGGCUGCGCGGUCCGCCGCUCCUGCCCCGGGCCGGGGCCUCCGGCUGUGGAAUUGUAAGCUCCUUGAGGUCCAGCUCAGCGGUGUGGGUGCUGCUCCCUGGGCUGAGAGCCUCCGGCUGUAAAGCCCAGCUUCUCCUGGCGGAGCCUUAGGAAAAGAGCGUGCAUUGGUCUCCUCCCUCAGUGUUUCUGCCCCAGCUGCCCCUGAGAGGUUGCGUUCGGCCUCUGUCAUCUGUCACUAUACUGCUGGGACUGGUGGCCAAGCUGGGGCUUGGAGGUUCCAGGGCAGCUCACUUCCUGCCGAGUUAGCCAACAGACAUCGCCCAGUACGUUUUGGUUGCUGAGACCCUCGAAUUCCCAUAUGAAUUGUAGCAGCAGCUAGUCAGAUUCUGCAGAGGAGCCCGCUGGGAUUGUGAUCGAGACCACGUUGAAUAUACGGAUUACUCUGGGGAGCACUGACAUCUCAAGAGCAUUGUCUUCUGAUCCAGGAACGUGCGUGGUGUGUCUGUCCAGGCGCCCUCACCUCCAGUGUCAUCAAUCCAGACACCAGCACUGACACUGGCCGUGCUCAGAACUGCCUCAGCCCUGAAGACACAACUGACAAAUAGAAGGGGGCCACGCCCUGUGACAGCGGGUGCCCUCACUUUGUGGGUCCUUACAUAGCUGCGCGGUGUUAAUCAGGAUCGCCCAUUCUACAUUGUGUGACGCCGCUACAGUGUCUCCUAGUGACUUGUUUCUGAUCUGAGGAGCAGGACCAAGGAACUCAGGGAGAGAUCCAGGAAGACAUCCAACUGUGUUAAGAGAGGACAGACACAGUGACACGGGGAGUGAGGACUUUCACAGCAAAGUAAAAUGACUUCACAACUACUGCAUCAGAGCUGCCCGUGUGAGAGAACCCAAGCCUGUCUCAGAGUGCAGGGGACAAGUGGAAAGGAAAGUGUAGGAAUGCCGGUGAAUGAGUUAGAAGCAUGCAUCCAAGCCGUCUGUGUCCUCGCCAUCCAGAAGCAGAGCCUGCAAGCUUCCGAAUUUCUCCAGAAUGCGGUUGCCAUUCACCUUCAACAG